GGAGGAAGACGGGGAGGAGGAGCCGUGCGCGGCGGCCGCGGCAGCCGCCGGGGGAGCCGAGUGCCCGGGCGUGGGGAGCGCGGGGAUCCAAGCGAGUGCCCAGCCGGGGCUGCAGGCCGACUGCCGAUUGGCCAACGGCUCGUUUCCACCCUGCCUCGUUGGUGGCCACUGGAGAAGCGCGGGGGGCUCCCCAGACAGCCGUGGGGACAAGUUAGAGCCAGCACUUUGCCCCGGGCCUCGCGUGUAGCUUCCCGUCCCCUGCUCUAGGUGCCCUGGUGUCCGGAGGGGGGUGCGGGUGCGGGGGUGUGCCCUCCGUACAUGUCCCACCACCCGGGCCACCCUCUGGGCUUGUGUUCCAUCUCGCUCUUGCUUCCUGCACGGUGGUCGAGGGGAACCACUUUGCAUCAUGUCCCGGUAUAGCUACCAAAGUCUCCUGGACUGGCUCUAUGGGGGCGUGGACCCCAGCUUUGCAGGCAAUGGGGGCCCCGACUGUGCUGCCUUCCUCUCUUGGCAGCAGCGGCUGCUGGAAAGUGUGGUGGUCCUGACCCUGGCCCUGUUGGAGAUCCUGGUGGCCCUGCGGCACAUCCUGAGGCAGACGAAGGAGGACGGUAGGGGUGGCCGUGGCUGCCAGCCAGAGCAGGUGACCCAGCGGCCAGAGGAAGGCAAAGAGAGCCUGAGCAAGAAUCUGCUCUUAGUAGCCCUGUGCCUGACCUUCGGGGUGGAGGUGGGCUUUAAGUUCGCCACCAAGACCGUCAUCUACCUGCUCAACCCCUGUCACCUGGUCACCAUGAUGCAUAUCUUUCUCCUGGCCUGCCCUCCAUGUCCGGGAGCUGUCGUCGUCUUCAAGCUACAGAUGCACAUGUUGAAUGGAGCUCUUCUUGCCCUGCUCUUUCCUGUGGUAAAUACGCGGCUGCUCCCCUUUGAAUUGGAGAUUUACUACAUUCAGCAUGUUAUGCUCUACGUGGUACCCAUCUACCUGCUCUGGAAAGGAGAGAUUGAAUAUUUGAUCACCUUUGCGAUGAAAAGAACCAACAGCAGUGAAAAGGCAGAGGAAGCCACAAAGUCCCCCUUCACAGAGAAAGGUGCUUAUACCCCGGAGCCCCUCAGCAGUUUCCGCUGGGCCCUUCUCUCGACUGGCCUCAUGUUCUUUUAUCACUUCAGCGUCUUGCAGAUCCUGGGCCUGGUCACCGAAGUGAAUUUGAACAACAUGCUGUGUCCGGCCAUCUCAGACCCAUUCUACGGCCCCUGGUAUCGCAUCUGGGCCUCGGGACACCAGACUCUCAUGACCAUGACCCACGGGAAGCUGGUCAUCCUGUUCUCAUACAUGGCUGGGCCCUUGUGUAAAUGUCUGCUGGAUUUGCUCCGGCUUCCAGCCAAGAAAAUAGACUGAAGGUGCUUGUGUUUUUUUUGUUUUGUUUUGUUUUGGGGUUUUUUUUUUCUUCUGCCCCUGAGGAAACAAGUCCUGACUCCACUUGGAGGACACCCAGCUCUUGAUGACAUCAUGGGAGAGGGCAGGAGGACGUUUGGUGUGUUUCUUUUUCCUUCCUCUCUGUCCCUUUCUUCCACCACUCUUCCUUCCCCGGCUCUUCCCCCAGUUCGGCUCCUGGAGCCUGGGCUGUAGUCCUGGAGCCUGGGCUGUAGUGCUGCAGCCUGGGCUGUAGUCCUGGAGCCUGGGCUGUAGUGCUGGAGCCUGGGCUGUAGUCCUGGAGCCUGGGUGGUAGUGCUGGAUCCUGGGCUGUAGUCCUGGAGCCAGGGCUGUAGUG